AACAUGAAGACUUUCUACCUGAGCAUUUUACUAAGCCUGGCAGUAGCAGUUUACUGCGUGCCAAUAUCGCAGGUUACUAAAGAAGAUGAGAAUUUUGCAGAGAGCUACCUGAAGAAAUUUUACAACCUAACAGAGGAGAGUGGUCCAACUGUCAGAAGAGGGAUCAGCCCGGUGAUCAAGAAGCUGGCUGAGAUGCAGAGAUUCUUUCAGCUCGAGAUCAAUGGAAGGCUGGAUGCUGACACCAUGGCUGUGAUGAGGAAACCCCGCUGUGGCGUUCCAGACAACGCAAUUGGCCAUUUCUCCACGUUUGGAAACCACAAGUGGCAGAAAAACAGCCUUACCUACAGGAUUGAGAACUACACACCUGACAUGUCCGUAUCAGAGGUGGAUGACUCCAUAGAGAAAGCCCUGCAGGUUUGGGCCAAAGUCACUCCUCUGAGGUUCACAAGAAUCUACAGUGGCACGGCUGACAUCAUGAUCUCCUUUGGCCGCCAAGCACAUGGAGAUUAUUACCCCUUUGAUGGCCCCGAUGGCACUCUUGCUCAUGCCUUCGCCCCAGGUACUGGCAUUGGAGGAGAUGCUCACUUUGAUGAUGAUGAGACCUUCACCUUCCGCUCCAACAGAGGCUACAUCCUUUUCAUGGUGGCUGCCCAUGAGUUCGGCCACUCCUUGGGCAUGGCUCACUCUAAUGAUCCUGGUGCUCUCAUGUACCCUAUGUACUCAUACAGAAACCCUGACACCUUUGUUCUGCCCAGGGAUGAUGUCAAAGGCAUCCAGUCUCUCUACGGUCCAAACCCUGAUCCUCUUGAGCCUGAACCCACAUCUCCCACCACCCCUGAUGCCUGUGAUUCAACCAUGGUCUUGGACGCUGUUUCCACCCUGAGAGGAGACAUGUUCUUCUUCAAGGACAGCUUGUUCUGGCGUAGCAACCCUCAGGUCAAUACACCUCAGCAAAGUCUCAUCACAAACUUCUGGCCCGAAGCCCCUGUCAAUAUUGACGCUGCUUACGAAAGCCAACAGUCAGACAGAAUGUUACUCUUUAAAGAUCGUAGAGUGUGGGCUUUCAGUGGCUAUGAUCUCGUAAAUGGCUAUCCUAAGUCAAUUUCCAGUUUUGGUCUGCCCAAAACCGUAAAGAAAGUCAAUGCUGCUCUCUAUGACAAGGAAACUGGCAAGACUCUAUUCUUUGUCGGCCAUAGAUACUACAGUUAUGAUGAGGCCAAGAAGACAAUGGACCAGGGAUUCCCCAAACGUCUUUCUCAGACCUUCUCUGGACUGACCAGCAAGGUGACUGCAGCUUUCCAGUACAGAGGUUUCACUUACAUCUACAGUGGACCCUAUAUGUUUGAGUACAGCCUGAGGACUGGGAGGUUGUUUCGUGUGCUGAGGAACAGCUACUUCUUACGCUGCACUAACUUCUAGACCAGUUUGCUAGAUAGGUAGUUUAUGAAGCUUCUCUGAAUGACAAUGAAGGCACCAAAGUUAUAAAGUGUUCAUAAUAUGUAAUUAUAUUGUUACACACUUACAGGAAUAUACUGGAUUUAUGUCUUUCCUGAGAAAAGCACCUUAUAUGUUUUUAAAAAAAGUUUAGAAUAGUAUUUUGUGAUGUCAGCUAUUGCUACUUUAAGUUAAUUUUAUUUCUAUAGUGUUUUAUUUAAUUGAUGUAAUAUUUACUCUUUAAGAAUUGCUAUUUCUAUUUGUUGCUGCUUCAAUUUUGUUUUUAAUGAAGUUUAACUGUGGAACUUUGGAACAUGUUCCAUUAUUUAAUUUUAACAUAUGGAUGUAUGUAUGCAAAUUGUUUACAAAAAUGUGACAGUCAAAAUAAAUUGGUAAAU